CAACACCGGAACAGUAAAUACCAACGGCGGGCUUACCGUUAGAUCAACUCUCGGCUACUUUACUUUACUGUGGAGCGCCUUUAAAUAAUAUAUAUUUAUUCUGUUGUUACACAUAUUCUCAAGCAAAAUGUUAACCCCUGACGACACAGAGCGUUCAGCGUCGCUUCAUCCGGAUGUUCCAAAUAGUGUUUGCGGAUCCUGCGCUGUUUGUAAAACACACCUAAACUCCUCUUCAGACCCCAAACUUCUGCCCUGCCUGCAUACAGUUUGUCACGCUUGCCUUACGAAGACCUGCGCACAUGGAUGCACACACCAAUGUCCAUUGUGUGAGCAGUCCUUCCGUUUGUCUGAGGUCACGGAAUGCGGCAUUUUCGAAGAUUCGUCUCACAAGACCGAGCCUCCCAAGUGUUCUGGGUGUGAAGAGAAUGAGGUCGUUGGAUGGUGUGUUCAGUGCGAGGAGGCCCUGUGUUUGGAAUGCGUGUCUGCCCAUCGGAGGGUAAAGGUGACCCGCGACCAUGAAGUCAAACCUAAAAAUCCAUCUACAGGUUGGAUGCAGAGAAGACGCUGUCCCUCACACAGACAGGAGAGCUUGAAGUUCUUCUGUCUAGUCUGUGAUGAGCUUACCUGUAGAGACUGUCAGCUGAUCACUCAUAGAGGCCACAGUUUUAUGCAGGAGGAGGAAGCAGUUAUAUCUCAGAGACAACAACUGCAGAGUUUACUGGAGUCAAUCAGAAAGCGCAACGAAACGGUCAGCACCAGCCUGAAGAGCCUAGAUGCAAGAUUAUGUGACAUUGAAGGGGUGAAAGUGGAAGCAAGGAAGAGAAUAUCACAGGUGGUCCAUUCCAUUUAUCAGACUUUGCUUCUGAGAGCUAAGGAGGUCUUAAAUGAGGUUGAGACGCUGUAUGCGGAGGAGGUGCAAAGUUUGAUGCUGCAGAAGACCUCUCUGAACAGAAUAGAAAUCUGUCAGGACUACAUAACUUCUUUUAUUGACAAAAUCCUAAACACAAAGGGCCAUUGCCUCCUGGUCUACAAAAAACGAAUUGAAACCCAGGUGAAAAAGCUUCUGUCCCAGAAGACAUGUCCACCUGAGACCAUGAUUGAACUGCAUCUUCAGAUUCAGAAAGAUCUCCAAGGCAUCGUGAAAUGUGGAUUGAUGAGGGUUAAAAAGGUUCCUGUUCCAUUUACCUGUUCGAAAGUUAGUUUCAAUCCAUCUGUGUCUGGGAAAGCUUCAAAUCCUCCAGACAGAUUGAACUCUAAUCCUGCUAUUACUACCGUUGAUGCACCUGCCUCUUCAAGUUCCCUACAAGGAAGUACCAAUCCUCAGUCUAACAGUUCCUCAUCUAACUGUGUCCCACAUGUUCCUCAGUCUCUUCAAACUCCUCAGCCUCGUCCUCUUCUUAAGAUGCCCAUUGCACACCAAAUAAACAAUACCUCCCAGUCAGCCAACCCUGGGAAGACAUGGACCUUUCACUAUUAUCCUACCCUGCAGUUCUCCAUCCAGAAACCUAUGCUGACCCACCCAGCACCAACCAUGCCAACCAACACCCAAACAUCUAUUCUUGCAAGCCCAAUAUCAACCAACAACCAGACACCUUUACUCUUCCACCCAGUACUAGCCAACAGCCAAAUACAUGCAUUCCCCCUCCCAGUACUAGCCAACAACCAAAUAUCAGCCAUUGCAACCGACACCCAAUCACCCAUACUCACCCAACAAAUACCAGCCAACAACCAAACUGCACUUACCCUCCCAAUCCCAGUUAACAACCAAACUCCUGUACUCCCCCAUCUAAUACCAGUCAACAACCAAACACCUGUGAUUACCUACCCAAUACCAGCGAUUGACCAAUCACUUGGACUCACCCAAUCAAUACCAGCCAACAACCAAACUCCUAAACUCACCCACCCAGUAUCAAACAUACCAACCAACACCCAAACACUCAUAUUUAACCAUCCAAUGCAAGCCAAUAUUCUUGGACACGUACAUACUUUCGCAACACAUCCCAGUAGUUCUUUAAAUGUUGCUUCAACUAUAAAUACACUCUCUGUAAAUGAAGCUACUGUGGCCCUUAGUGACCAUUUGACUGGAACCACUGUGGCAGCAAAUGAUUCUCGUACCAAUAAUCUUUCCAAAUUAAAUCCCACCAGUCCAGCGUUUAACACCAUUCCAAGUACAACUAGUGAUUCUUCACUUCCUGUAAAUCCAAUGCAAUCUGCUCCCAUUGGAGGCAGUGACAACUUCCAGAGUCAGAAAGUCACCCACCAUAUAUCAGAUCCCAAGGCCAACCACCCUGUCAAAGCCUUGGCUGACUCUGCCUGUGAUCAAGAACCUGGUGUAAGGAGCACAAAUUUCACAGAUAUGGAUCAUCCAGAGAGCAACUUGCCCACCUCCACUGUGCCAGAUACUGAUCCUGGCGAGCCUUCACCAGCCCCUGAGAAAGAUCCUGUCCACUCCGCUGUCCCACCCAACACUCAUCAGGCUCCUCUCUCCACCACCAACUCCACAGAGAUAUGUUCUCUGGUAAAAAGUUCACACUUUCUGUUGAGAUCACUACCAAAGUGCGGCCAAACUCAAACUGAUCAGUCAUCUAAAGAGCACUGUUCUAAACCAAAACAGUUGAGUGAUGGCAUGCCAACAAGUUUCUCUCAACUUGUAGAGGGGACAAACAAACCUUUCAGCUUGAUGGACAAUUUGAAUGCAGAAUUUCCAGUGGAUUCAACUUGUAGCACUUCAGAGGGCAUAAUCUUACUUGCAAAGGAGAAUACUACAAAUGACGAGACUGUCCAAAGUGAUUUUUACCAGAUGAUGUCAAAAAAGGAAGAUGUAGAAUCUGCAGUAACACAGGAACAUACAAAGCAAUUCAAGAGGUUUCUGCGGGUAAAUCUGGUGCGCCUGCCCAUCUGUCUGCCUUCAUCUGGGCAGCUACUGCCACAGUUCCGCCUUACUACAGAUACAUCCUCUGACUACAUCUUUGUGCAAGAAAUACAGGGGGGGCAGAUUAAGCAGAUGUGGAGAUGGCAGGAAGAUCCAAUACAACAUAGAGCUUCACCCCAAUCUAUAGCCCAAAGUAGCGACAGCCCCCAGGUGUCUGAAGUCGAGUUCUGUGCCGUGUGCCAGUCGGCAGGAGCUGCACAUUUGUGCGCAAAAUGUGGACGCGCUUUUCACUCUGACUGUCACAUUCCACCAAUCUUCAUAAAACCUUGUGUGGAAUGGGUGUGUUUGCUGUGUCAGGAUGUAAAUGAUGAGACAGUCGUGUAUGGCAGUACGCAGAUGACAUCCAGUCUGAGUCCGCAGGAUCAAAAAAAGUGUGAGAAGCUUCUACUUAGUCUUCUGUCUGAUGAGAACAGGUGCCUGCUCUACAGUGCCACCAAGCAUCGCUCGAAAACGGCAGAAUUUGAAAUAAUUCUUGGCCGAUUCUUGGGGAAAAGGAAGCCUCCUUAUCGGACUGCUGCUGAACUGGUAUCAGAUAUUUGGACACUUUUUGACAUCCUGGCAACGAACCCUGAGAGGAGAGAAUUGGUUUUUGAACUGCAAACCUCAUUUCAGCAACAGCUGAAUGAGUCUUUUGGGAAGAGUCUCCAUGCUUCUCUCUUGAGAUAUUGCAGUGACUCAAGUGACAAGGAAUCAAGAAACACCUCAGAGACACAGACUGAAGGAGAGAAGCACAAAAAGACUUUAAAACGGAUGAGAGCGUUUUUCUCAGCAAACUGUGGUACAGCAACAAAGAUACCCUUCAUCGAUAGAGGGGAUGAGCGAGACGGUUGCGGGAGCUCUAAAGAUAAUGAACACUGAAUGUAUGAACUGCAUUGAAGUCUUAUUAGUUUUGAUGCCACAGGAGUAAUAAUCUUGUGAAGAAGAAACUACCUUACUAGAGCUAACUUUAUUUAUUAUGGCAAUUUAUGGUUCGUUUAUUUUGACUAAGUAAAAUACAUAUAAAAACAAAUGUUUGGCUUCUUGUCUCAGGUCACACUUCAUUCACUGUUCAUUCAUAUCCAGGGCUGCCUCAUCUAUUUUUGCAUCUUUGCUUGCACAUUUGUGUAGAGUGAUGUUGUUAUGCAGCUCUGCAAGCAGAGGGCGUCUUUGUGCUAUUUCGUGUCACAGGUCAAGUGCUGGAUGGGUUCUCAAGUAGUCUCCCUAUUUAUUUGGGCUGUUAAUUAAUGAAACAUAAGAUCGAGUUAUAUGGCAUUUAGAUUUGUGUGAUAAGAUAUAUAGGCUAUUUUACUGAAAUUUUGUUGAA